GAGGAUGCCGCGCAGCCCCCGCAUGUUGCGCAAGGCCCAAGGGGUGUCGUCGCGAGUGCUUCGGCGAUUCCUUCGGGACGGCAACCACCCGUUCCAUACGCGCAUGACGGGUCGCGACCCGAAAGAGCUGCACCGCACGUCGACGUCGCUCGAGAAGCUCUACGAUCUCACGCUCGUCGUCGCGUUAUCGUCGGUCUCGAACGUCUUUGCCACGUCGAUGCAAUAUGGCGACAAGAUUGCAUUCAACUGCAUGCAAUUUGUCAUGCUUUUCUUCACAAUCUGGAACGCGUGGCUGCCGUUCAUUUGGUUCUCGUCGACGUACGAUGUCGACGACGUCCUCUACCGCGUCGGGACGCUCGGGCAAAUGAUUGGUAUCCUUGUCAUUUCCGACGGCAUCCACAACAACCUCUCAGAAGUCUUUAUCGGGUAUGUCAUUCUCCGCCUCUUUCUCGAAGUCUUUUUGCGCGGUCGCGCCGCGUACGAAGAUCCACGCUGCCGCAUCGUGAAUCUCCGCUCGUCAAUUGCGAGUCUCUUGCUGCUCGUGGGGUGGGGCUUUCUCUUCCAUACCCCGAUGCCAGAAGCUUGGUUCUACAUUGGGUACAUGAGCUUGGCGACCCUCGAGUUUGUGGUCCCAGGGAUCGUCGCCAAGGUGUCGGGCGGCGCACCGGCCUUCCACGCCCAUCACGUUUCGGAGCGCUAUGCAGAGUUUACGAUCAUUGUGUUUGGUGAGUGCCUCCUCUCGCUCUCGCACGCGUCGGUCAUCGAGUCGACGUCCUUUCACUACUCGGCCUUUGCGAUCCUUGUCGCGUCCAUGGUGCUGCUCUUCCUUCUCUGGUGGUUCUACUUUGCGAUUCCGUUUGGCCACAAAAUGGAGUUGCAUCCAGCGACAAGCGGGCGCAUUGGCCGCGGCCACUUUUUUAUUCACGGCUCUCUCGCAGCUUUUGCCACCGGCCUCUUUAUGGUCGCGCGAUGUGUGAGCGCGGGGAGCGACCAUGGCGACGAGACAGUCGCCCCCAUGUCGACGCAGGCAGCAUCGAUGAUGGUUGCCGUGCCUGUCGCUGUCUUUGUCGUCACCGUGCCGCUUGUCUUUGGGUUGGGAAAAGCCGACGUGGCGCGGUCGGUGCUGGUUGCUGCGAUCGAAGUCGUCCUCGGGUGGUUUCUGACGCCAAUUUUGCGCUUGGAGCUCAUGAUGUUGCUGUACAUUCUGCCGAUGCUUGGGCUUCUCGUGCACGUCAUCGCCCACGGACACCAUCAUAGCAAGCCGCCUCUCGAGACAAAGGAAGCGCACGCCGUCCAGCCGCUACCGACGAGCGCGCUCGCAAGUC